AGGUACUAACUGUAACAAGCUUGCAUCAUGCGUGAAUAUAAGCUGGUCGUUCUUGGCUCAGGAGGUGUUGGGAAGUCAGCUCUGACUGUACAGUUUGUUCAAGGAAUUUUUGUUGAAAAAUAUGAUCCUACAAUAGAAGAUUCUUAUAGAAAGCAAGUUGAAGUAGAUGCGCAGCAGUGUAUGCUUGAAAUCUUGGAUACUGCAGGAACGGAACAAUUUACAGCAAUGAGAGACUUGUACAUGAAGAAUGGACAGGGCUUUGCUUUGGUUUACUCCAUCACAGCACAGUCCACAUUUAAUGAUUUACAAGAUCUGAGAGAACAGAUUCUUCGGGUUAAAGACACUGAUGAUGUUCCAAUGAUUCUGGUUGGUAAUAAGUGUGACUUGGAAGACGAGAGAGUUGUAGGAAAGGAACAAGGUCAGAACCUAGCGAGACAGUGGAACAACUGUGCAUUCUUAGAGUCCUCUGCAAAAUCAAAAAUAAAUGUUAAUGAGAUCUUUUAUGACCUAGUGCGGCAAAUUAACAGGAAAACUCCAGUGCCUGGGAAGGCCCGCAAAAAGUCAUCGUGUCAACUGCUUUAAUGUACUGAAUGCAUUGUAGCUCUGAGCCAGGUCUGAAGAACUGUUGCCCAAUUCAACAGUGCCAGCAUUCCAACUUUGUUAAACCUACCAACAUCUUAAAUGGACUUUCCUGUGGUGGUACCUUUAAGAGGCGGAUGAAAGCUACUAUAUCAGUUUGCACAUUCUAAUCACUUUCCAGUAUCACGAGAGAUUUUUACUUAUAUAAUAGUUCUAGAGUAUGCAGCUGGUAAAGCCAGAGGCUACGUCCAGUAUUACUGCUAAGAGACAUUCUUCAUCCACCAACGUUGUACAUGUAUGAGAAUGGUGUGCUGUGUACUUUAACACACCCCGUACUUUGUAUUGCAGAGUACAAUAAUGUAAAUCCUAAAAGCACCACUAUUUUAGCAAAAUAAAAGAAAGUCCAAAGAGCUCCUAUAUAGACUACUCCAGAUAACUUUGCUUCUUUGAUACUUGUAGCUUAUUGUAAUUUUUUUUAAAUUCAAGGUCAUUAUCAUUGUAUUAUACAAAAUAAGCGCUUUGAUUAACACAGCUAUAUAGUUUUUUUUUAAUUUUUCAAAAACCUGUGGAGACAGUGAUCUUGUCUUUAAAAUAUGAUAGUCCUUUCAGUAUAAUGUCUUAGAUUAAAGACGUUGCCUUUAAUAUCUGUUGGGAAGGAAAUGUCCAGACUUUUCAAAUCUCCUUAUUAUAUGUUUCCUUUUUGUUUACAUAGGGAACAGUGUUUAUAGUUGUGUACAGUGGGGGUCUACAACAAGAAGUGUAUAUUUUCAAACAGUUUUUUAAUGAUUUAACAA